GUCCGGGGUCCUUCCGCGUUGCCCCGCGAGUCCGGAGCCAGGCCGGGUUGCCAAGCAACCGGUAAACGCCGCCGUUUGAGAAGCACUAGAGCGGGGACCGUGGAUUGGGCGCUUUCCCAGAGACCCAGAAGCAGGAGGAGCGGACCCAGGCAGCCGGCACCAUGGAGAUUGUGUACGUGUACGUCAAGAAGCGCAGCGAGUUCGGGAAGCAGUGCAAUUUCUCGGACCGCCAGGCUGAGCUGAACAUCGACAUCAUGCCCAACCCUGAGCUGGCCGAGCAGUUCGUGGAGCGGAACCCAGUGGACACGGGCAUCCAGUGUUCGGUCAGCAUGUCGGAACAUGAGGCCAACACAGAGCGGUUUGAGAUGGAGACCCGGGGAGUUAACCAUGUCGAGGGGGGCUGGCCCAAGGACGUGAACCCCCUGGAGCUGGAGCAGACCAUCCGUUUCCGGAAGAAGGUGGAGAAAGAUGAGAACUACGUGAACGCCAUCAUGCAGCUCGGCUCUAUCAUGGAGCACUGCAUCAAGCAGAACAAUGCCAUUGACAUCUAUGAAGAGUAUUUCAAUGAUGAGGAGGCCGUGGAAGUGAUGGAGGAGGCCCCUUCAGCUAAAACCAUCAAUGUUUUCAGGUAUUGCUGCAUGCCCUGGUGGGAUAUUUUUUUUUUCUGCUUUAUAGAAAACCCCAAUAAGCCUGAACUUGCUCUGAAGCCAUCAUCUCCACUCGUUACCUUGGAGUUCAACCCCAAAGAUUCCCACGUGCUCCUGGGUGGCUGCUACAAUGGACAGAUAGCCUGCUGGGACACCCGAAAGGGCAGCCUGGUGGCGGAGCUAUCCACCAUUGAGUUCAGCCACCGAGACCCUGUGUAUGGCACCAUCUGGCUGCAGUCGAAGACGGGCACCGAGUGCUUCUCAGCAUCCACGGAUGGGCAGGUCAUGUGGUGGGACAUCCGAAAGAUGAGUGAGCCCACUGAGGUUGUGAUCAUGGACAUCACCAAAAAGGAGCAGUUGGAAAAUGCCUUGGGGGCCAUCUCCCUGGAGUUCGAAUCUACUUUGCCCACGAAGUUCAUGGUGGGGACUGAGCAGGGCAUCAUCAUCUCCUGCAACCGCAAGGCCAAGACAUCAGCUGAGAAGAUCGUGUGCACCUUCCCGGGCCAUCAUGGCCCCAUCUACGCCCUCCAGAGAAACCCCUUUUACCCGAAGAACUUCCUGACAGUUGGUGACUGGACAGCCCGCAUCUGGUCUGAAGACAGCCGGGAAUCGUGCAUCAUGUGGACCAAGUACCACAUGGCUUACCUCACUGAUGCCGCCUGGAGCCCCAUAAGGCCGGCCGUUUUCUUUACCACCAAGAUGGACGGAACCCUGGACAUCUGGGACUUUGUGUUCAAGCAGUGCGACCCCGCCCUCAGCCUGAAGGUGUGUGACGAGGCCCUCUUCUGCCUCCGGGUGCAGGACAAUGGGUGUUUCAUUGCCUGCGGAUCCCAGCUGGGGACAACCACCCUGCUGGAGGUCUCGCCUGGGCUCUCUACCCUCCAGAGGAAUGAGAAGAACGUAGCCUCUUCCAUGUUUGAGCGUGAGACCCGGCGAGAGAAGAUCCUGGAGGCCAGGCACCGGGAGAUGCGGCUGAAGGAGAAGGGCAAGGCGGAGGGCAGGGACGAGGAGCAGACGGACGAGGAUCUGGACAUAGACCUGGAGGCGCUGGUCAGCAAGGCUGAGGAGGAGUUCUUCGACAUCAUCUUCGCAGAGCUGAAGAAGAAGGAGGCAGACGCCAUAAAGCUGACGCCAAUGCCUCAGCAACCAAGUCCAGAGGAAGACCAGGCAGUGGAGGAGGGAGAGGAAGCCGCGGGGGAAGGAAAGAGUGAAGAAGUGGAAGAAGAUUUAGCCUAGAAGUCAGCCUUUGACUACGGCGCUGUUCCUGUGUGCCUUCCUUUCCCACCUCUUGACCCUCAACCAGACUUGCAUGGCCAUGGCAGGGCCUCAGGAAGACCUUCGGGAGCGGGGAAGGGUUUCUCCUCCAUGAUCGACCCUCCUCGUCCACCUACAAAUCAGGGAAGUCUGUCCACUUUGAAAAUGCCUUUCCAGGCAGUUCCCUGACCAUCUGGACACAUUAUCACGACAGGAGCCUCCAAGUGUAUGGGAGGGGACGGGUGGGACGAGCUUGGCUGUUCUGCUGCAACUGAAUGCUUUCUGUUAUCCGAAUUCUUGUAAAAUUAAAUGAAUCAUAACAAUGCCA